AUGGAUGAAUAUAAAGUGAAAACACCUUCUAUCAACUGGGAUUCUAGAGACUUAAAAACGGAAUUUAAAAAGUUCAAAACGCACUGUAAUUUUAUGUUUGGUGGACCUUUAAAUUCGAAGUCGGAAGAACAGAAAGUCAAUUAUUUGAUGUUAUGGGUAGGAGAGAAAGGAAGAGAUAUUUAUUCUACAUGGACUCUAAAUUUGAAAUUAUUGAUAAGAGAUUGUGGCUACCCAGAAGACAGAUAUGAUGAAACUGUGCGAGAUCACAUAGUGUUUGGAGUAAAAUCGCAUAAAAUUAGGGAAAGCUUAAUUAGGAAAGGUUCAGAUUUAAAACUGCAAGAUUGUUUGGACAUUGCCAGAACCCAUGAAAUAUCUCAAACACAAGUAAAAGAAAUGGAGUCGGAAGAUAAAUCCUUGCAUGGAAUCAAACGAAAACCUCCAGUAUCAAAGAAAAAAACAUUUCAACCAAAACAAUCAGGAGCGAAAUACUUUCAACCAAGGAUAUGCCUUAAAUGUGGAUAUCAGCAUACCACAGCUACGUGCCCUGCUAAUGGAAAAACUUGUAGGAAAUGUAAGAAACCCGGACAUUUUGAGAAAAUGUGUAAAUCAAAAUCCCAGAGGAAAUCUAGAUACGGUAAAGUACACAUGAUGGACGACUUUUCAGAAAAUGACAGUGAUACCAGCGGAGAAUUUGAAUAUAUGGGAAUUUCAACAAGUGACAAAAGUGUAAAUUCUGUUACACAUGACAUGACAGUACAAGUAAGAGUGAAUGGAAUUUGCAUACCUAUGCAACUGGAUACAGGUGCAAAGUGCAAUGUUAUGAGUGUGAAAAUUUUGAAAAAACUGGGAAUUAAAGGAAAUAUCAAGAACACAAGGGUUAACUUGAAAUCUUAUAGUGGACACACAAUGAAGCCCAUAGGUAUAGGAUGCCUUCCGAAAAAGCAUCAUAUUGAAAUAGAAAAAGAUGCAAAACCUGUUGUAAAACUGCGUUCGAGAGUCAAGGACGAACUCGACAGAAUGCUUGAAGAAGGAAUAAUUGUAAAAGAAAAUGAGCAUACGGACUGGGUAAAUAAUAUGGUAACUGUAGUGAAACCGAACGGUUCUCUUACGAUCUGCUUGGAUCCAUCCGAUUUGAACAAAUGUAUCAAAAGGCCACACUAUCCAUUGAAAACAAUAGAAGAUGUAGUCACAAGAAUUCCAAAUGCCAAAGUAUUCUCGAAGCUUGACUGUGUAUCUUCAUUUUGGCAAGUUGAGCUAGAUGAAGAAAGUUCGAAAUUAUGCACCUUCAACUCGUGCUUUGGAAAAUUUCGAUUUUUGAGAAUGCCAUUCGGAAUAAAAUCAGCCAGUGAGGUAUUUCAAAACGUGAUUUCUGAAAUUCUGGAUGAUAUAGAUGGCGUUGAAGUCAUUAUGGAUGACAUAUUAGUCACAGGCACAAAUACAGAAGAACAUGAUCAAAGACUAAAAGAAGUUUUGCAAAGAUUAGAAGAUAAUAAUCUUAAGCUUAGCAAGGACAAAUGUGACAUAAGGAAAAGCUAUGUGUCAUAUGUUGGACAUACUUUGACAAGUGAUGGAUUAAAACCGGACCCUGAGAAAAUAAGAGCUGUGCUAGACAUGAAACCUCCUCAAAACAAACAACAAGUGAAAACUUUCAUUGGAUUUAUUCAAUACCUAAGUAAAUUUCUUCCAAUGUUAUCGGAGAAAACUGAAAUUCUUCGUAGAAUUCUGAAAAAAGAUGUUAUUUUCUACUGGGGACAACAAGAAGAUGAAUGUUUGAACGAAUUAAAACGCAUGAUUACCAAUACACCUGUGAUAAUACGUCAUGCCGCAUCUGGACCGGUUUUCAAAGACGACGUCACAAAUGAUGAUGGUUAA